ACCAGCAUAAAAUUGUUCCUCCUGACCAGGCUGUCCUGGGGGUCCUGGGCAGAGGAGUCAUCCUGCCCUGCCAGCUGACACUGAAGACCAUCCCCCAGAGACUUUCUGUUCUGUGGACGUUUGCUGGAAACUCCAAAGAAAUUCAUGUGGCCUCAUUUGGUGGAAGAAACCUCCCCAGUCCAGUGGAUGAGCAUGAGGCCUAUCAGGGCAGGACAGGUGUUUUCCAGAUGGAAUUUCACAGAGGAAACGUGUCUCUUCACCUGAAAAAUGUCACCUUCUCAGACCAAGGGAGAUACACCUGCACUGUCUUCUUUGACAAUUCAUACA